GCAUAAUAUGCCGCUACGCCUUACAUACAUGCUAUGGAUCAUUCCUGCACAAUGACGAAGUAAAGCUUCCAUUAUUACAUCACUAUUCGACAUGACAUUGUCAAGUUAGCAUCGUUCCACGAUUGGUUAUCAGCUGUUCUGGUGCCUUCCUGGCUGGCGCGAAGAUUUGAUGUAUAAAUUAUUUGCGCGGUCAACUCUAUGCUACUGGGACCAUCAGAUUUGCCUUAUCACAGUCUUGCCUGUACCAGCAAUCAACCACUCUCAAGCAAUCGCGCAAGCACGCCCCCAGAGAAGUUGACAACUUCUACAAUGAGUCGACACGUUCUGAUCGUCGGCGGCCACGGAAGGAUUGCUCAGAUCCUUACGCAGAAACUACUGAAGAAGUCGUGGACCGUCACUAGCCUCAUUCGGAGUCAGGAUCAAGUCUCCCAGAUCAACAGCCUGGCCGCUGCUAACCAGGGAAAUUUGAACGUGCUGGUCCGUAAUUUGGAACAUGUCGACGAUACUUCCCAGGCAAGAUCGAUCCUCGAUGAAGUCAAAUCAGAUACCGUUGUUUGGUGCGCUGGGGCAGGCGGACAAGCAAGACCCGACCAAACAUUUGCCAUCGAUCAAGAUGCUGCUAUUAACUUUAUUAAGGCUGCAGUCCAAACGCCGACUGUUAAAAAAUUACUUCUUAUCUCGUAUAUUAACUGUCGUCAAAAGCGACCUAGUUGGUGGGAUCAGGACGCCUGGAUAUACGCGCAAGAGAUGCAGAGAAGCGGUCUCUUGAGCUACUGUCAAGCGAAAUUAGCAGCAGACGAAAUACUUCUUCAGGAGGCAUCUAGCCGAGCUGACUUCUCGGGGAUAAGUCUUCGCCUGGGGAUACUGUCGGACGAACCAGCAGGGCCGAUUGAACUUGGAAAAACUAAAACGUCGAGGGGCAAUGUUAGCCGGGAAUCUGUAGCUGAGGUUAUUGUGUUGCUGCUUGAGCAUGAGACGGUGCAGACAGCCUGGCUGGAUAUGCUCGAUGGCGCUGAAGAUAUUGGAACUGCUGUUGAGCGAGUAGUCAGUAACCGAGAGGAUGCGGCUGUGGAAAAAGGAAACCGAACGCAGGCCUAGGUGUCAAGGGCAAGGAUCACGACCAUCGUGAAUAACUUCACGGUUGCCAUGAACUCUAAAUCACAGGCAGCAUCCUGCUGCCUAGACGAUCGGCAGAUUGAACAUGAGUAUAAGAGACCGACUCUCGUCGCUCCUUUAGAUAGAAAAUCAAG